AGACUGAAAGGGCUAAACAUGCCGAAGUCUGUUUACUUCCCCAUUGUGUUGUGCGUUUUCAUCCACUGUCUUUUAAUAAUUGAUGGACGGCCACGAUCUAAGAAGACAUUUGUACCUAUACACACAGAACCAGACGAGUCGUCGGGCUAUCAUUUCCUAUAUAAUAAACAUUUUAUCAGCAUGAAGUCGGGAGGGACCCACCAUACAAGCAUAACCUGCUGGCUGUACAACACGACUGCUGAGGAAGUACAACUGGUCCACACACCCGGCGGGAUUAAGCUGGUCGAG